UAUAUUAAUUGUGUAUUUCAAAACAUUCGUGGUAAAGGGCACAAUACAAAAUUAGCAAAGAACAAUUUCUUCCACCGCAGUAUGACCACAGCUUGUUCUUUCGUAGUAUUUCCUAAACAAAAUGUUUUGGUCUCUCUUUCGCCGGUCACCGCAUUUUUGGACACUUUUAAAGAGGCGGAGCAGAUAUUUAAAAUGGUUAACUACGUCUGUCUGCUCCAGGAGGGCAUCAGCAACAUCCCUAAGUUUGUCGAGAAGGCUACCCAUAACAAGUACGCUGUGGUGGCCACCUCAAUCAACGCCAAUAUGUUGCCAUUCGAGCCCCACGAGUCAGAUCCCACAUAUCCAGCCACAGUUCUGAGCGCCGCCGAAUGGAACUCGAAGGUGAUAUUCACGUUGUCCGACGUGAAUGUGGACUCACCGAAUGCCAAGCUGCGCGCCCAUGCCAAGGAGGUGCUCUUGAGGGAGGUGACCUGGGCGGAGCAUCUGCAGAACUCUGGUAACGUGAUGAUGCGUCUUCGAAGCCCGCAAAACGAGAACCUAGCCGCUAUUGUACGGGCCAAAACAAAGGACCUUUUCCCCCUAGGCAACUGGUUAAUCCGUGUACCCAUCACCAACCCGGAGUUGGACACAUUUGAGCAUCGCAAAGAUGCUACCGAAGAAGACAUUGCCAAGGCGGAAACCAUUGAUCCAUGGUCGUGGUGGAAUAAGCUGCGCUUUGCCGUCGACCACAACCCCAAAGUGAAGGUGGUGAUCGAACUGAACGACUCGGAUCGGCCUUGCAAGGAGACUGUGCGUCGUUGGUUGGGAGAACCCAUCGAAGCCAUCAUCAUUCCAUCCUCGCUGUUCGUGAGGAAUCGCUCCAACUACGCUGUACUUAAGAAGGAGUGGCAGGUUAUCAUCGGGCACUUCAUCACGGUGCGAGCCAACAUAAUUAUAUCCACAAAUCCCAACGACAACGCCUUAAACCAGUAUGCGGAUUACCUUAACAAGCUCAUCAGCCUGAAGACCGACAUUCACGAGAUAAAUAGCUAUGAACACGUGCUUGAGAUUCCCCUGCAGCCUCUGAGCGACAAUUUGGACACCUAUACGUAUGAGAUAUUCGAAACAGAUCCUGUGAAAUAUAAGCUGUAUCAGAACGCCGUGCAGGCUGCUUUGCUGGAUCGUGUUAGCGACAAUGAAGCCAAGAAUAAGUUGACAGUGAUAAUGUUGCUGGGCGGAGGUCGGGGUCCGCUUGCCCGCGCUGUUUUCAAUGCCGCUGAGCUAGCCCAGCGCCAAGUUAGAUUGUACAUUAUCGAAAAAAAUCCCAAUGCCAUCCGCACACUCUCCUACAUGGUUAAGACGCUCUGGGCCAACAAGGAUGUGCACAUUUUCUCCAAGGACAUGCGCGAGUUUGACCCACCAGAGCUGGCCGAUAUAAUGGUAUCAGAGCUGCUAGGCUCCUUUGGCGACAACGAACUCUCACCUGAGUGUCUGGACGGUGCCCUGAAACUGCUCAAGCCGGAUGGCAUCAGCAUACCCUACAAAUCCACCUCGUACAUCAAUCCUUUGAUGUCUUCAAUUUUGUAUCAGAAUAUCUGCGCGUUGCCCAGCCCAACUGCCUUCGAUUGCGGUUAUGUGGUGCUGAUGAAAAACAUUUACCACAUCGACGAGCCGCAGGCCUUGUUCGAGUUCACGCAUCCCAAUCGCGAUGAGAAGAUCGACAAUACGCGCUGCAAGGUACUCAAGUUCACAGCGAAAAAGAAUUGCGUGAUGCACGGCAUUGGCGGCUACUUUGACACUCAUCUGUACAAGGACAUUUGCCUGAGCAUCAACCCGCUGACCCAUACGCCUGGAAUGUUUUCCUGGUUCCCCAUGUUCUUCCCUACGCGUGCGCGAACUCUGAAGGAGGGCCAGUCUAUAUCCAUCAAGUACUGGCGCUGUGUGGACGCUACCAAAGUGUGGUACGAGUGGCAGGUGGUGAACUCUCCCGAAGACUGGGAGCACCAAAACAUUUGCGGAAUUGGCUACAACAUGCGACUGUGGCCGGAGUAGGAUCUGACGGAUGCAAUACCAAGUAGUUAAAAAUUUUUUUUGACUGGAAAUAGAAUCAAAACCGAAGAGACCUUAA